UGACCGCGUGACGCAGCAGUGAAGGGCCUUGAUAACGAGUUCGGUAAUGAGUUGAGUGGAGUCGGUCGCAUUGUUGUUGUAGACAUGGUGCUCGGCGCUACUCAGGGCUGGUCCGGCGUGAACGUGGGGGCAGUCAGCUCCCCGUCCGAUCUCGACAAGAUCCGAGGUCAUCAAAGAAUACCAUCUGGCUCUCAAGAGUUCUUAGAAGUUACGAAGCGAGAUGCUGAAAAUCGUUUACAGCUUGAGUUGGAUCGAUUGCUGGAUAAAGCUACAGAAUAUGAUCGACCUAAAUUCAAGAGAGAGUUUGAUGGUUUUCAACGUUUAUUUGAUCGGUUCCUGAGAGAAACUGGACCAUCCAUCGUCUGGAACAAAAUUGAAAAGUUGCCCCCUGGAUCUGUCCGUGACUAUGGAACACUAACAACUCCUUCAGCGGAUGUUAUACAUGAGAUGCUGAGUAAACUUAUUGUGGUCAAGUUAAAUGGAGGUCUUGGCACAUCAAUGGGUUGUCAUGGUCCGAAAUCGGUGAUCCCUGUUAGAAAUGAUUUCACUUUUCUUGAUCUCACAGUCCAACAGAUAGAGCAUCUCAACAAAAAGUAUAAGGUGAAUGUUCCAUUGGUACUGAUGAACUCCUUUAAUACGGACGAAGACACCCAGAAGAUAAUCCGCAAAUAUCAAGGUCUUCAGGUAGAGAUCUACACGUUUCAGCAGAGUGGCUAUCCUCGAGUAAACAAAGACACACUGCUUCCAAUUGCGAAAAAUGUUUCAGUUCAAGAGGAUAUUGAAGCAUGGUAUCCACCUGGCCAUGGUGAUUUUUAUGAGAGUUUAAGAAAUUCUGGUCUACUAAAAAAGUUUAUUGAACAAGGCCGUGAGUACUGCUUUAUCUCCAAUAUUGACAACUUGGGGGCAACAGUUGACGUCAAUAUUCUCAACCUUCUCCUGAACUCUUCUCCUGAUAGCAGGCCAGAGUUCGUCAUGGAGAUAACUGAUAAGACAAAGGCUGAUGUUAAGGGUGGAACAUUAAUUCAAUAUGAGAAUAAAUUAAGACUUCUCGAGAUUGCUCAGGUACCCAAAGAUCAUGUUGAUGAGUUUAAAUCCAUCAAAACUUUCAAGUUCUUCAAUACAAACAACUUGUGGAUCAAAUUAGAUGCAAUUGACAGAGUUCUGUCAGAAGGUUCUUUAGUGAUGGAGGUCAUCGUCAAUCCAAAAGUCUUGGAAAACAAUGUUCCUGUGAUUCAGCUAGAGACUGCUGUGGGUGCAGCUAUGAAAUGUUUUGAAAGAGGCCUUGGAAUCAAUGUGCCUAGAAGUCGUUUUCUACCAGUUAAGAAGACCUCUGACUUGAUGCUUGUGAUGAGCAACCUUUAUGCUCUGAAUCACGGUUCGCUUGAAAUGAGUCCUCAGCGAAUGUUUCCAACUACCCCUCUGGUGAAACUGGGUGACAAUCACUUUUCCAAGGUGAAAGAUUUCCUUGCACGUUUUGCCACUAUACCUGACAUGAUAGAAUUGGACCACUUGACUGUAUCGGGUGACGUUACAUUUGGGAAAAACGUCUCUCUCAAGGGCACUGUGAUAAUAAUUGCGAACCAUGGAGACAGAAUCGACAUUCCAGCAGGAGCCAACCUUGAAAACAAAAUUGUCUCUGGCAACUUGAGAAUAUUGGACCACUAAUGAAAAGUUCUUUGCAUAUGUCUUGAAAUAGCACAAAUCACUGUAGAAAUAAAGAUCCAGUCUUUGAAAAAAGUUUGAUUAUAUUUGCAUAAACAAAAUAUGUAUUUUUUGUUGUUUUUAUGUGAUACUUUAUUUUUUAGGUUGCAAUUAAUUGUUAAAUUAUUGUUACUUUAGAUUCAUUUUUGAAUUAGUAUAUAGUGUUGUUAUUUAGACUGAAGUAUAAUAUAUACAUAUAUUUAUUUA